CAACGCCGAGGAGAAAAAGGAGAAAAAAAAUAUUGUUUAUAUGGAAACACGAGAAGGGCAGAAAAGAAUGGAUGGGGAGAAAAAUAAUAGAGAGAGAGUACACCAGAGAGUACACCGCGAGUACUAUACAUUAACAGUAGGAGAGGGAGAGAAUCUGAGAAGGUGCCAGUCACUGACCAGACUACAAGCAGUUACAUUCGAAGAAAACGUGCACCUUGCGACACUUUUUCGAUUUGAUUGUUGUUGUUUUUUUUAAUUCUCAAAACUCAUUUUUUAUCUGUGAUUGUUAACUUAAGUUGUGUGAAGUGAUUUUUCUCCUCAAGGAACCAUGUGACCCGGAAAGAGGAAAAAACACAUCAAACUGAUCGUCGAGGCCCAGCCAACUGUAAAUAGAAUCCACUGACCUUAACGAAAUUACAGAGGAUACUGAUGAUCAUACCAAGCUAAUCGAUUUAUCACUAGAUCGUUAAUUCAAUUACAUGUAAAAAUUGACAAUUUAAACACAAAUUCCCAGUGAAAGUCACUGAUAACUAAUGUCAUAAUCGGUAAUAAUCGAUGUCAUAAUCAAAGACCAAUUUCAUAAUUAUUAUUGAUAAUUAAUAUGAAUAAUAAUUAAUAGUAAUAUUGAUAAUUAAUGUUGUCCAAUAAUAUUAAUAUUCAAUGUCACAAUUAGUAACAAUAUAAAAUAGCAGUAAUUUCAAAUGAACCAUCAAAUCUAGUGAUAAAAUAAAAUUGUACUGAAUAGACAAUGAAAAUUAAAAAUAAUUAAUUAAAUGAAAAUGGAGGACCAACCUGCAAUGGGUCUUGAUUCAACAGUCAGAAGUCAAGAUUCCACAAAUUCAAAGGACUCAAAAGUGUCGAAAUUGUCAAAGGAGACAAAUAUUUCCCGAAUAUCAAAAGACUCAAAGGCCGAGUCGAAGCAUUCAAAGGAUGUUCUUAUAUCGGCAAAACAUAAACAUCAACAUUCGCCACAGCAUCUACAGGAGCAGGAGCCGAGGCAGCAUAGAACACAAGUCAAGGACGACACCAACAUUCUUAUGUUCACAUCCUGUGGACAAUUACUUCUCGGAGUCGUUCUAGUCGUAUUUGGAAUCCUAGUCUUAGUUCAUGGAGCGGCAUUGGGUGGUACGGGAGCUGGUCUUUGGGCGGGUGCAAGUGCUCUAGUUUCCGGUGCAUUAGGAGUGGUUGCAACCCUUGCAAGUAAAUCAAGUUCAGGAUUUUCAACAGCUCAUCUCGCAUCGAGUUUAGUGGCCCUUGCAUUGUCAAACAUGUCCGCAAUAACAGCACUCGCAUCAAUAGUCAGAGAUUCGCAGAGGUCAGAAUUUACUCUGCUCACUGUUCCAGGAGAGGAAGAUCACGUAGUAGAAUUUGAGGAUGGCUGGUCCCGACUUCUGGCAAGUAUCGGUCUGUUGAUUGCCAGUGUUGCUGAUCUUUUGGUAUCCGGAUACAUUUGCGUGACCCUGACUCCCAAGCUCUGUGGCUGUCUCAAGUCAAAUCCCGAUGAUGAGACCGAUGGACGGCUCAAGACCCGUAACAUGGUUCACCAAUGGGUAAUUGCACAAAACCACGUGCCCAAGAGCCAUCAGCCGAUCUACGUGGUGCAGUCGGUGAUGCCAAUGCACCCUAUAAUUCAGCAUCCUUAUGGAAUGCAUCCACCGCCUGGGAAAUAUCCCACAGGGUUUGUACCAGCCGGAACUCUUCCUUUAGCAGCUCCUAGUUAUGGCGCCAUGCCCAUACUUCCGCACAUGGGCUACCCCAGUCGACCACCAUCGCAAAUGAUGAGACCAAGGACAAAGCGGCACUCAAUAGAGGAAGAUGAUGGAACUGAGCGUCGUCGUCACAGCGAGAACAAGAGUGAAUGCUCAAAGAAGAUGACAUCUAUUGGCGAAGAUCAAGUCGAUUUGUCUCAAACUUAUACCGGAUUAGACAAAAGAAUUUCCGAGGAAUUCAUAUCCAUCGCAAUGGAUCCAUCAAGCCAUCACGGAAGUGAAAUCGCCUCCAGCGCUGUUAAUAUUAAUAACAAUGUACACUGAAUAAAUUAACAUUCAACUUUCGACUUAUUACACAAAGAGAAAAAAACAAAACUUACUGACAAAAAAAUUGCGACUCUUUACAAAAAAAUAUUUUCCAUUUAAAAUGACCAAUGAACACGAACACUUAUACAUUACAAUAGUAAUUUAUAAUCUCGAAAAACAUUUUCUUCUCUCAUCUCUUCUUCGUAUUAUGUAAUUAGUUACCUACCAUAAAAUUGUAAAGGGGUCAAACCAUUAUAUUUCAAAUAAAGUCGUUGCGGCCUAAUUUUGAAAAAAAUUGAUACUUUUAGAAAUGAAUCUGUAUGAUCUCUGGAGAACAAAAUGAAAAGAAUUAUAUUAAAAUAUUUAAUACUUUUCUUAAAAUAUGAGUGUAAAGUGGAGAAGGUGCAAAAAAAUGGCACUUUUUUAGCAAAUAGAAAAUAUUUAAAAAAGUAUAGAAAAAUUCUUAAAAGUGCAAAAAGAUUUAUUGAUUCAUGUUUAAAAUUAGUUGGUUAAUUAUUCUUUAAUAAUAAAACUAGUAAAAGUAUAAAAAUAAUAGAUAAAAUAUGUUUUUAAAGUCGAUCCGCCAAAUAACCUGAUUUUGGCGUCUUUAUCAAUUAAUUACGAGAAGGUGAAAUUAUUGAAUUAAAUAAAAACUCACUGAAUAUAGAGUAUUAUUAUUAUUAUUAUUAUUAUUAACUUUCAGGAUUUCUUAUCACUUUUUUAAUUUUUCCUUCAAAUAUACAAGAAAUAUUGAGUUUAAAGUACGCGAUUUCUCAAUUGUUGCGUACUUUACAACUUAAUAACUCCGUUAAAGAAAAAUAAAAUAAUUUGUCAUUUCACAACUUCUAAAUCACAACGAAAUCUAUACAUACAAAUUUUUCGUUUUGGUCUCGGGUCUAAUUUAAAAAAUAUAAAGGUUUAAAAAUUGCAUACUUUUUCAGGUUAAAACUAAUUAUUUCUUUCUAAUUAAAAUUGGUUUCUUGUUGUUAAUCACGUUCCGAUCAUAGUGUUUAAAUUAAAAGCCAACUUUAAUUAGAAGAAAAUAAAUAGUUUUAACCUGAAAAAGUUUGAAAUUUUUAAACGUGACAUUAGUAUUUUUACAUGGGAAAUUGCGUGACAGGGGGGAGGGGGGGACUAAAAUUCCGAAAAAUUGCGUGACAUCAUUUGUGAACGCUCCCAUAUUCGGUGAGUUUUUAUUUAAUUCAUUAAUUCCAACGUCUCGUAAUUAAUUGA